AUUCGUGACAUGGAAAUUAGAUAAUAGUGAUUGGCAGGUCGAUAUAUCAAUUGUCCAGUCAGUUCAGCAAGAAACGAAGGACAACGGUUCAUUGAUGAUCCAUGGUCACCACAGACUUUGCCUGUCCUGUUCAUUGACAUCAAUCAACUCCUUCAUGACAAUAUAAGAUCUGUGAUAAACCCGUCUACGUUUUGAGUGACAAGUAACAGUCUGCUUCGUCACGUGACAGGUGGAAGGAACGCUGUGUCCGGAGUGGUGUAUGGCUCACGACGAACUGAAGGACAAUAUUUGGACUGGACACCCUUCCUUUCUGGACACGAGGACCAUGGUUAGAAUCGUCAUAUGGGCUCUGGUGUCGACAUGUUUAACAGGUCUGGCGGAAGCUCAGGGAGGCUGGAACAGUUACUUUCCACCUUCGGGGUAUAACGCCCAAUGGCCGAGGAACAAUUAUAUGAUGCCAUCCCAGCCCAUGCACAACCAGUGGCCACAAGCACCUUCUGGAGGUGAAGGUCACACCGCAUCACCCCCGGGGUCACCAUACUAUGGAGCCCAACCCCCCGACCUCCCUGACAGUCUAGGCGGUCAGCUAUCAAACAAUCCACAAAACCAAGGUGGUUGGCAAAGUGACCAGAGCCGAGCAUGGCAGAAUUACCCAAAUAGUCCAAACACUGGGGGAUGGGAACCUUCAGGAAGUUCCCCAGGGGGUUCUAGGGCGGGGUGGCAGCCACCCCCAAACGCUCCAAACCAAGGGGGUUCCGGCUGGCAACCACCCCCUAACCAUCAAAGCCCGCCAUGGCAACCACCACCAAAUAGCCCUAACCAAGUGUGGCAACCACCCCCAGAUGGUCCACCUCCUGGCUGGCAACCCCCUUCCGAUAAACCUCCGCAGCCAUGGCAACCACUGCCAGAUGGUCCACCUCCAGGUUGGCAACCGCCUCCUGAUAAACCUCCGCAGCCAUGGCAACCACCGCCAGAUGGUCCACCUCCAAGUUGGCAACCGCCUCCUGAUAAACCUCUGCAGCCAUGGCAACCACCCCCAGAUGGUCCACCGCCGGGUUGGCAACCGCCUCCUGAUAAACCUCCGCAGCCAUGGCUACCACAGCCAGAUACCCCAAACCACCGAGGGCAACCGCCUCCUGAUAAACCUCCGCAACCCUGGCAACCGCCGCCGGAUGGUCCACCUCAAGGGUGGCAACCGCCUCCUGAUAAACCACUGCAGCCAUGGCAACCACCGCCAGAUGGUCUACCUCAAGGUUUUCAACCGCCUCCUGAUAAACCACCUCAGCCAUGGCAACCACUGCCAGAUGGUGCAUCUCAAGGUUUUCAACCGCCACCUGAUAAACCACCGCAGCCAUGGCAACCACCGCCAGAUAUUCCGCCUCCAGGCUGGCAACCACCCCCAGACGGCCCUAUCCCUGGAUGGCAACCGCCUCCUGAUAAACCUCCACCAGGAUGGGAGCCUCCCCCAAAUAGCCUCACCUCGGGAGCCAAUCAGCGCGCUUCCCCGUACCAACAACCAGCAUAUUCUCCAUGGCAGCAAGUCAUGCAGGGAGGGUUUCACCUAUCGUCAAUGCCUGAUCCAGCUGACCCGCCUGAUGUUCCCGCACCUGCGCAACCAUGGGGGCAACAAAACGGACCAGCAUGGCAACAAGGCCCGCCUACAGCAGAUCCUGCAGAUACUCCCGCUGUUGGCGCCCCGGGGUCACCAGGAAGCAGCACCUCCCUUCUUAUGUCAGCCCUUUUACCUAAUUACCCAAGCGCGGACAAAUAUAAACCAAACGCAGCUGUUUCCAAAACAAAAGCCGGACAACCAGCUCCAACGGCUCCCAAGGCUCCAUCACCUCCAACGGCACUCCCAUCAGCAUCAGCACCAACUGCUUCACCCUCUCUGUCACGUGGUCUCAACGACAACAUGCAUAACUACCCUUCCCCACCUACCUCCAGGCCAAGCUCUGGGGGUGACCACCAUCCCAGUAAACCCAAACCAUCUUCCAUGUCACGUCCCGUGAGUGAUUACCUGCCCAGCAACGCCCAACCAUCUUCCAUGUCACGUCCCGUGAGUGAUUACCUGCCCAGCAACGCCCAACCAUCUUCCAUGUCACGUCCCGUGAGUGAUUACCUGCCCAGCAACGCCCAACCAUCUUCCAUGUCACGUCCCGUAAGUGACUACCUACCCAGCAACGCUCAACCAUCUUCCAUGUCACGUCCCGUAAGUGACUACCUACCCAGCAACGCUCAACCAUCUUCCAUGUCACGUCCCGUGAGUGAUUACCUGCCCAGCAACGCCCAACCAUCUUCCAUGUCACGUCCCGUGAGUGAUUACCUGCCCAGCAACGCCCAACCAUCUUCAAUGUCACGUUCAGUGAGUGACUACCUGCCCAGCAACGCCCCUUCCAUGUCACGCUCCAUCAAUGACUAUCUACCCAGCAAUCCCUCGUCAUCACCUUCCGUGUCACGUCCUGCGAACGGCUACCCAUCCAGCGACCCUUAUGCAGCUCAACCAGGCGGAGGCGCUCAGUGGCAAGGAGGUUAUCCCGACAUACCAAAUAACUUCUUCGCACCUCCAUCAUCCAAUCAGGGGCCCCGGAAUUCAGCGCCCCCUGCCGGUGCUGUGAGAGACUACCCCAACACUUACCCAAAUCAAGGACAAUCGCAAAUGCAACCACAGCCGCAACCACAACAGCAACCGCAACAAUCUCAACCUCAACCUCAACCCAAGCCUCAACCACAACCUCAACCACAGCCUCAGCCAAAGCCACAACCACAGCCCACACAAAGACAACCGAGCCCUCAGCCUUAUCAGCCGCCCCAACAAGCAUAUCAACCACAGCCAGCUAAUAACACGUAUGGCUUUAAUCCUUACCCCCCUCGAAACCCGAUGGCGCCAGCGAUGCCGCCCACGCGACCAAUGAUGCCCCGCCCCCCUCCAGGCCCCGCCUUCGUUGCCUGGCAGAAGGUACAGCCGUGUAUGAUGAGCCCAGCUAUGCCCGAUUUGUGUCGUGUUAAUGGAGAUGGACUACACGUGUACAGGUUGUUCGAUGUCAUUGAAAUAGCCAAAACACUACCACGGGUCCCAAGUUGCUAUAGAAACGCGCCCAGGGCUGACUGCUCCCAGCCGCACCAAGCCAUGGCCUUAUGGAACAGAGACUUCUGCCGAUGUAAAAACAACCCAACAGCCGAAUGCAUCAUCAACGACUGCGGCAGUGUGUGUAGCAAUGAGUUCUACAUCGGUGCCACGCGGGUUCUCUGUGAAUAGAAUUGACGCUGAACUAUUACAGUAAGGUAUGAUGUUUUCAGGCGAUAUUCCGUGCUUGCAACAUCGAUGCCAAUACAGUGCUUCACCAGGAAGGAUUUGAUCUACCGGAAAGCAAUAUUAUAUACAUAGACCGUUCCGACAGAGAAGACACAUUGUACAAUAUCGGAGAAGACCCGUCGACCAUAGCUGCUUCUUCAUCUUUGUAUCAGAAGAUAGACGGUUGUAGGGGUAGUGAUAUGACAAGAUUAGUAUCUGUUCUUUCAUUCUUUUGUCUACAUGUGAGAAGCUUUGUUCAAAAUACAAUAUUUUUUUUAAAGCAACACACAUUACUCUAUAUUUAUGAUACUUAUUUUUCUAAAAACAUAUUUUAUUUUUAAUUAUUUUUUUCUGUUUUAAAGCGAAAAGAUCAUUGCUUAUAUCAAAUGAUUCUAACUUUUAUAAAAUAAUUCUUCACAUUUUUUUUCUUUUUUAAAGCCAAAACGCUGCUCUAUUAAGAUACUUAUAUUUAAUUAUUUAUUUUUUAAAUAUUUCUUUGUUUUUUCUUAAAGCAAAAAAAACCCAUUGCUCUAUGUUUAUGAUAGUUAUUGUUUUAAAUGUGUUUAAGAUGCAAAACCUACGACUAGACCUUUGGGGUAAUUGAGGGAUACAGGUUAUGUUGAUUUGUUGAAUCCCUUGUAUUUGUUUAUAAGGUGGCAGCUUCUCUGAGGAACACAUACUCCUCUGUGCCACCAAACCCAGGGUAGCCGUGUCUUACUUCACCGCUUGGAUUUACACAUUAUACUACUCAAAACAAGUUAAAGAACACAUAUUUGUUCACAUGAAUACAGUUAGCCAUGGCUGAUGGGUGUUGCGACACACAACCUUCCUACUGUUGGUGUUGUUCUACUUCUUUUGCGCAGUAUAUAUGUUUUACAAAUUAUGACUGAUUAUUGACUGUGUAAGCCAAUUCCAAUACAAUCUUGUAUUACCUGAUAUAUUAAGUGUCGCGGGUCAAUGUUAUUCUCUAAACUAGCGUCAGACAUCGGAAUAUAUGUGUGAUCGUGUAAUUGCAAGAGGCAUGCUCCCGUUGUGUGCGUCCCUGUGUUGUAUUGGGUCUGGGGUAGCGAGAACAACGUGGCAAGGAACAAUGAAUCAACGAGUGUAUAGAAAGUCCUGCGUUCAUUUAUCAAAAAUGGCUGUUUCAGGCGAAAUGUAUUUAAAUAGAAAUAAAAUAAUAAUUACAA